UGUCACUAUACGUGGCAGUCGCCAUUUUGAAUUUCCGGUUCAUGCAUCCUAGACCCGGCGAAAGCUCUGACGAGUUUUGUUUUGGAUUUUAACACAUUUAAACGUCAUUAAGUUUGUUUCAGACAUGGCCACCUAUCAAGAAUUUAUCCAACAGGCUGAAGAAAGGGAUGGAGUACGAUUCAGCUGGAAUGUAUGGCCUUCGAGUCGCCUUGAAGCCACUCGCAUGGUAGUACCAUUAGGAUGUUUAUUCACACCUUUAAAAGAACGUCCAGAUUUACCGCCCAUACAGUAUGACCCUGUCUUGUGUGGUCGACCGACAUGUAGAGCUAUACUGAACCCACUGUGCCAAGUUGACUACAGAGCCAAACUUUGGGCAUGUAAUUUCUGCUUUCAGAGAAAUCCUUUUCCACCUCAGUACAGAGCGAUUUCAGAGCAACACCAACCAGCAGAAUUGAUACCCCAGUUCUCUACUAUAGAAUAUACAUUGACGAGAGCCACCUCAACACCACCUAUUUACCUGAUUGUGUUGGAUACCUGCAUGGAUGAAGAAGAUUUACAGGCAUUAAAAGAGUCUCUUCAGAUGUCACUGAGUUUACUGCCACCCAAUGCAUUAGUCGGUCUCAUUACAUUUGGUAGAAUGGUGCAAGUACAUGAACUUGGAUGUGAAGGAUGUUCUAAAAGCUAUGUAUUCCGUGGCACAAAAGAUCUCACCGCCAAACAGAUACAGGAAAUGCUUGGAAUUGGACGAAUGGCAGGUCAGCAACAAAGAGCACCCCAACAACAACAACAGCAGCAACAGCAGCAGCCAAUGAAUAGAUUUCUGCAACCAGUCCACAAGUGUGACAUGAGUUUGACAGAUUUACUCGGUGAACUUCAACGAGAUCCAUGGCCUGUCGGUGCUGGUAAAAGACCUUUAAGAUCUACUGGUGUGGCCUUGUCUAUUGCUGUAGGAUUGCUUGAGUGUACAUACCCUAAUACCGGUGCCCGAAUUAUGCUAUUUGUUGGAGGACCAGGCACCCAGGGACCAGGUAUGGUAAUUGGUGAUGAGUUGAAAAUACCAAUCCGAUCCCAUCAUGAUAUUGAGAAAGAUAAUGUCAAGUUUAUGAGGAAAGCUAUUAAACACUAUGAGGGUCUGUCAAAAAGGGCAGCUGAGACUGGGCAUGUCAUUGACCUGUUUUCCUGUGCUUUAGAUCAAACUGGACUGCAUGAAAUGAAGUCUGUCACAAAUAACACAGGAGGUCAUCUGGUGAUGGGCGACUCCUUCAAUACUGCUUUAUUCAAGCAGACAUUUCAGAGGGUUUUUUCGAAAGAUGUUAAAACUGAAUUCAAGAUGGCAUUUGGAGCUCUUUUAGAAGUCAAGACAUCAAGGGAAUUAAAAGUAUCCGGUGCAAUAGGUCCUUGUGUAUCUACAAAUAUGAAAAGUGCGUCUGUAUCUGACACAGAGAUUGGUAUGGGAGGUUCAUGUCAAUGGAAAUUCUGUGGACUCUAUCCUAAUACAACUGUGGGAUUGUUUUUUGAAGUUGUUAACCAGCACUCUGCUCCUAUUCCCCAGGGCGGUAGAGGAUGCGUUCAGUUCAUUACUCAGUAUCAACACUCCAGUGGACAACGCCGAGUAAGAGUCACCACACUGGCAAGGAACUGGGCUGAUGCUGCUACAAACAUUCAACACAUUGCCGCUGGUUUUGACCAGGAAGCAGCUGCAGUCCUAAUGGCUAGAAUUGCAGUACACAGAGCAGAGAAUGAGGAAGGAUCAGAUGUUUUAAGAUGGCUGGACAGAAUGUUAAUAAGAUUGUGUCAAAAGUUUGGAGACUAUCACAAAGACGAUCCUAACUCGUUUAGGUUCUCAGACACUUUUUCUUUGUACCCACAGUUCAUGUUUCACCUGCGGCGUUCUCAGUUCCUUCAAGUUUUUAAUAAUAGUCCCGAUGAGACAUGCUAUUAUCGUCACAUGUUGAUGAGGGAGGAUCUUACGCAAUCACUCAUCAUGGUGCAGCCAAUUCUCUAUGCCUAUUCGUUUAAUGGACCUCCUGAGGUAAGAACAGACCGAAUUCUUCUGAUGGACACCUUCUUCCAACUUCUUAUAUUCCGUGGAGAUACUAUUGCAACAUGGAGAAAAGCAGGCUAUCAUAACCAGGCAGAACAUGAGAAUUUUCGUCAGUUGUUGAACGCCCCCUCAGAUGAUGCCCAGGAGAUACUGCAGACUAGAUUCCCUAUGCCAAGAUAUAUUGAAUGUGAUCAAGAAGGAAGUCAGGCUCGUUUCUUACUUUCCAGAGUGAACCCAUCACAAACACACAAUAAUAUGUAUGCCUGGGGCACGGAUGGUGGCGCUCCGGUUUUAACAGACGAUGUCAGUCUUCAAGUUUUCAUGGAUCAUCUUAAGAAAUUGGCUGUAUCUAGCUCAUCCUAAAGUAAAUAAAAAAGACUGGUACCACUCACUCCAAAAAACAACAAAUACAGAAUUCUAAAUAUUUGGUAAUUUCAGUGAUAUGUACAUUUUUAAAAUUUUAUUUUUCACUGAAUCAAAAAUUUGGUUGACUAAUUUAUACAAAAAAAAAAAUGUCAGUGUGUAUGACCUGGUUAAUCUGACAAUCUAGAUUUUCUGGCUGCAUAUAUUCUCGGUAUUGACUACAAUUUCGGCAGAACCUUGAACUGAGGGGCAUUAAAAUACUUUGUCAUGUACUUGAUGAUGGAAAAAAAGACAACCAUACAUUUCACUUUCAUAGAUCUCCAGAUUGACAGUCUUAUCCCUUUUUUUUUUUAUUAAAAAAAAAAGUUUGCAUUGGUGUACUGUCAUUUACUUUUGCUGUGCUGUUAGAUGAAACAUUGACUCAACAUCAUUUUUGUGUAGUAAAUAUUGGUUCAGUUUUUGUUUAUUAGCUUAAAACAUUCAAAUAUAGAUUUACAGAGUCUGUCACUUCUCAAAUAAAAUAUACCAAUUAUGAUUUACA